AUGAUUACUCAGGAAUUAAUUGCAUUGGACACGCCUAACAUAACUGAAUUGCAACGUCAAACGAUUCAGUCUAUCGAAUAUUUUUCUAAAAUUCAACGACUUAGAGUUGAAAAAAAUGAAUUUGUUCAAGAGAAACUUAAGAAAAUUUCUAAGCAGAGGGAUAAAUUUCGAGAUUUUGCCGAACAAUCAAUAACUAAUGUUCUUAAAAUCAGUUCUCAUGCAGAUGACAUUAUUCUAUUUGCUGAUUGCUGUAUUGUUGAUAACAUCAAUAAUGAUGAACUGUUGAAAUUAUUAAGGCCAACUUUGAGUAAUGCUACGUUAAAUAAGAAUAAUUCUGAAUUACUUAAGGAUCGUUUAGUCAAAAUUAAAACUCGUUUAGAAACUAUUUCUACUGACAUUACUGAUCAUAAUGUUAAUAACACUAGGAAUAAUUUACGUGAAUGUAUUGAUGAUGUUGAUGAAAAAAAUAAUAAAGCAAAGUCGGCUGCUAAAUUUAGCUCAAUAAUAUCCUGUGUUGGCAGUGCAGUUGCGCUUGGAGCAGUUCCAUUCACGGGUGGAGCAUCUUUGUUAGCAGUUGGAAUUGGUACAACAGCAUUUAUUGGCGGUGCAGUCGUUGCCAAAAAUCAUGCUCUUGAAGCUAGAACAUAUUCAGCUUGCGGUAACUUUCUAACUUACUUAUCUGAAAUGAGAGAAUGUCUUAAAAAGAUCAUGGAAAUCAUAAGUUAUUGUGAGACCUAUUGGGAAACCGAAAUUGAACGCAUUGAGAAAAUUAUUAAAGAUUUAAAAGGUUGUGAACCAUUUGGAAGACUAACGAUCAAACGUUCCGCUGUUUUGUUUUCAUUACGGGCAAAACGGAUUCAAGAAGAAGCAAAAGUUUAUAGUAUUGUCAUGCCAAAGGCCGUGAACGCAGAUCGGAUCUUCGGCUUGUGA